AUGAGACGGAAAGAGUAUAGCACAAAGACAUGGAAUGAGCACCCCAUGCACCCUAAAACAGCGGAUUGUCGUACAGUUGAUUGGAUAUUCCUAGUUGACUUGCUCAAUUUUUCAUUCUGGAGUGAUCUUGAUAAAGCGGAUAAGAGUAAGCCACAUCCUGAUAGAUACGCCAUUGAGUAUCAAGGAAAGGCUUAUACUGGCUAUUGGUCCUUAUGUGCUGCUAUCAAUAGAGCAAUUGAUAAAGAAAUUCCAAUCACCAAGCCAUCUUAUUAUGGUAUUACAGCCUCGGAUGAGGAGCUCGCCCAUGUAUUCAAGUCGGAUACUAAAGAACAGUGUCCAAUGCUACAGGAAAGAAUACGGGUGAUGCGUGAAGCGGGCAAAAUUUUAUGCGAGAAAUUCGAUGGAUCUUUUGUAAAUUGCAUAGAGCAAGCAAACGGAUCUGCUGCAAAAUUAUUAGAAAUUAUUAUUGAAAACUUUGCAUCAUUUAGAGAUAUUCAUGAAUAUCAUGGCACAAAAGUUUAUAUUUUGAAAAGAGCUCAGAUCCUUAUCGCUGAUUUAUGGGCAUGCUUUGAUGGUCAAGAUUUUGGAUACUUUCAUGAUAUAGAUUCUAUUACUAUGUUUGCUGAUUACAGAGUGCCUCAGGCUUUAUAUCAAUUAGGACUCCUCUCAUACUCUCCAGAGUUGAUCAAAAAGCUAGAAAGACGCGAGUACUUUCCCUCAGGAUCAGAGGAAGAGGUGGAGAUACGUGGUAAUUCAAUUUGGGCAGUUGAACUAGUGAAACAAAAGAUGCUUGAACUUGACCCUACGCUACAAGUGAAUGCUAUUCUCAUUGACUUUUACGUUUGGGAUUUAGCAAAAGAAAUCCAGGAUCAGAUGACUGUGCCUACACACUGUACAAGAAGCUGCUUUUAUUAA